AUGGAAAGGAAGGGGAAAAAUAAUUGCAACGAAGGAAACCUGAAAUUUUUAAAAGUAUACUCCAAAGCCCUGUUUAAAUACACGGAGGAGGAAAAGGACAAGAAGUCGAGAGAGAUAGUGCUAUUGUCAGAAAAAAUAGAAAGCGAAAAGAAAUUAAUAAAGAUAAGCAUAGAAAUUAUUUUAAUUAUCCUAUUCUUUAUCCUGAUUUAUACAUCCAACGAUUUGGUAAAAAUAAAAAAUUUGGAAAAUCACAUUUAUAACAACAUAAAUGAGUCCAAGACAUACUCUGAAAAUUUUUACAAAUCAAUAUCUGACGAGAUAAAAAAAGUGAACAAUGAUUUCUCCUACCAACCGAGGAAGAAGGAUUACAUAAUAUUUAAAAAUUUACGAUCCAAAUUUGAUCUGUCCUCAUGGAUAAAAAAUGCAUUAACGCAAAGGGUGUCCCAAGAUAAUUUCCUAAAUAGUAACGUUUUAUUUGGAAAAUGUUGGAGAAUAACUAUGAGAUUAUACAAGAAGGAUAAUUCUAUGAUGGACAAUAUUUUUAUGUACAGGAAAUUAUUUGGAGUUUACCCUGACAGUUCAUUUUUAGGCGGGUUGGAAGAUACUCGAAAUGUUAAUUCUUCCUAUUUUGACACAAAGUGGAGUUAUUUAUUUUCGCAUUAUAAGUCUUAUAAAAAAAUUGGAGGAUUAUAUCAGGUAAUAUGUGGAGAGGAUUUCAGUAAAAUUGAAGAACGUCUAUCUCAGGGUACUUCCUAUUCGAUUGAUUAUCCUUAUUUUAUACCAGCCCUUAUAUUAACUAAUUAUAACAUAGCUUCUGUUGCGAUUGAUUUUUUACUUUUCAAUCCGUUACUCAAUGUACUUUCCUACAACGUUUUGAAGUUUUCCUUCUUGCCAAAUGGGGAUACGUACAAAGAGGUUGUAACGCAGUCUGCUUCAUAUAAUCGGUUUGAUGCCUAUUUCAUUAUUUCCUUAUCUGUCUUUAUGGCCAUAUUCAUUGUGUAUGUCAUUAUUCAUCUUCGGAAAUUCUCCAUGGUUGGCUUCACGCUGUACGUGAAGUCCUACUGCACUUCGUUUCUCCUGAUUGCAUGCUUCGCAACGAACCUCGUAACUCUCUGUCUUUUCCUCCUGUCCCGGACCCAGCUCCCCAAGCUCCUCGUAGGGUAUGAAAAUGGCAAGUACAAAGUAGACUCCAUGCGCUACCAAACCCACGAAGAUGGAAUUAUCGAACUUUUGCACGACAUGAAUAUAACCCUCUCACGCAUAGAGUUAAUUAAAAAUAUUUUCGUCUCGAAUACCAUCAUAACUUUCGAGGUGUGUCUCUUCGUAUGCGUAAAGCGGUAUGGCCUCUUGAUAAAAAAAUACAGCAAUGUAGAAAAUAACAUAAGGAGGGAUUUUUUACAUCCCUUUUUCAUCAUCCUGUGCAUCAUAUUUGGAUGCUUGGGAAUUUUUUCCGUCUUCAGUUAUACCCUUUUUCACAUUGAAGAGAAUGUCAGCUCCAGUAUUGUCCAAACGUUUAUUUUCAAUGUGUGUAUUAUAUUUGCAAAUUUUCAAGGAAUAAACAUAUCUUCCAUCUUAAAUGAAGAGAAUAUUUUGUCCUACUUGUAUUCCAUUCCUACUCACUUUUUUAUCGUAACGAUGAGUUUUGCUUUUAUUUUUUUUCUGGCAAUUAAGUCGUUCAUCAAAAGGAACAAAAACUUAUACAACUCGUUUAUGCAUAACUAUGGCCAUAAAUUACCGAAGUGCAGAACUAGUGACAAAGGGGGCAUGCACGGCAGAAGCGAUCAUUUAAAUGCUAAGGAAAUGUAUGCUACUUCCCUCCAAAAAAAUGAUGCACAAAAGGCGAAAUCAAGUGGACAAGACCUAAAUGAUAACAGCACAUUAGAAAUAACCGCAUAUUCGGAGGUAGAAGAUGAGAUGGAAGAAGAGGGAGACCACAAAGAAGAGGACACAGGCUACUCAAUUGAUCACCUAACCGAUGGUGUGAAAAAACGUGAUAAACAAGCCUUGAGCAGUGAUGACAACAGUACCUACUCGCAGGAGGAAUCGAAUGAAUACGAAGUAGACCCAGGAAAUUAUGGAACCAAUAAGAGUUUAAAUUACAAUGACGUGAUGAGCAUAACGAAAGGGUUAAACAAGGAUAAAGAAGAGGGCACCGAGAAGAAGAAAACAAAAGAGAAAGCCUUUUUUACUAUAGAAAAAAUGCUGGACCUAUUUCUGAACCUAAAAAACAGUACCGUGUUGCCCUUCUCUAAUAAGGAAAAAAAACGCAUUUCGAAGGAGUACACUACGAAUAAAAAGAGGAGUGAAGGAGUCGUAGUUUCCCUCUCUGUGUACACCUCCUUACUGAUAUUCAUCAUGCUGUUUCUUAUUAAUAACUACAAGAAAGGAAGGGAAAGUGAAAAACUGUUGCAUUAUCAGAUAGAAAAUAUCGGAUACUAUCCAUCUAAUGGACACUUCUCAAAUAUGACAUUUCAUUAUUUAAAAAAAAAUGUGAAUGUAAAUGUUAGGGAAAUUUUUAACUUUCAAAAGGUAGAGAAUAAGACCGAUCUAAUUUUGUGGUUAAAAACUUGUUUCGCUUCAUUUCUGGACAACAGCUCGCACGCCAUGGAGGGAGGUGCCAAUGAUUUAAGUAGUACCUUCAUAUGGAAAGACAUAUUUACCCUGAAACAUGAACGGGUAAGAAUAAACAUUACAUCGAGAGAGACAAUACAAUCAUCCAACAGUAGCCUCAUAUGCAACUAUAUGAGAAAAAACUGCUAUAUGGACAUAAGAAACGAAUCGAAAGAUUUGCAGAGAGGAAUAAACGAAGUAACAUUACUGAUUAAUGAUGCAAUUGAAAAAGUGGAAAUAUCUUUUAUUUUGUUUGACAAGAAUGACUACCAUAACAUUUUGGUGAAUUUACAUUUCAUCUUCAAUCCUAGUGGGUAUAUAUCGAAAAAAAUAUAUUUCGAUCACUUAUUUUUUAAUUCCUUCAGCAUUUUUCAUUUAAGAGGGGUAUUAAUUAAUAUCCUCUUCCUGACCAUUCUGCUUUGCCCCUUUAUAAGCAUGUACUUGUAUCUGUUCAAGAAUUUUUCCUACUUUUACAAUGCAUGUGUUGCGGUUACUGUGCGGCAUGACAGGCCCGAUGCACAGAGGGGUGGCUGGCUGGAGGGCCAGUUCAAUGCUCAAUCAGGUGGACAGGUAGGGACUGCUGAUAAUGCGAAUGGUUUCAUCUAUGGAGGAUACUCGCCUUGGGAAUACAACGUUGGCGAUUAUACACAGGCGUACAAUUGGGACGCAUAUGCUAAUAACCCUGCGGCAGGGGAUACGAAUUGGGGGGCAUACGGGAAUAAUCCUACUGUGGGGGGAGCGAAUUACAGAUACUACGAUGCGGUCAACAUGCCACAGGGCGCGCUUAACUACGGUUUCAACUAUGGCAACAUGAACACUCCCCCAAAUAGGAAGAGCGGUAAGACACACCAAAUGGACGCAUUGCUCAAAUUCAAAGUUUAUCUGACGUACCUCUUCGAAUCGAAUGUUUUAAAUUUACUAAUUCAGCUAUCAUCCUUUUCUAUAGUCGCACUGUGGCUUACUGUGUGCAUAUAUAUCAACAAGAUAGAGUAUAAUGCAGAUAACUCGGGGAGCUAUUUUAGUGAAUACAUAAAAUUGUUUUCCUUUUUUUCCAAAUUUGUGAAUAUCUUUUACUUUUUCCUUUUUUUAGUCAUAAUAAAUAUGUUCAUUUUUUCGUCAAAUUAUGUCAAGCGUGAGAAGUUGUACGAAGCCUUAUAUGUUAACAGAAGGCAGAUUUUGAAGUGCGGUUUUAUGCUGCUACUUGUUUACUUGAAUUUUUUUCUUUUUCAUUAUUUUUUUUAUGGGAUAGACGGCUUCAAUGAUUUGUUAACAAGUCAGCAGCCCAUAUAUUCUAUUUUACUUUUGUUGGGUCUCGUUAACAUUGACGUUUAUUUGAAAUGCAAAGUAUUUUAUUUUAUACUUUUCGUGUUACCUCAUUUGGUGUUUAUACGCUUCCUUUUAAUGUAUUGCUUUUUGGCUCCCGUUAUGGCUAGCUAUUUAAUUUUCCUAAAAAAAAGGGGAGAAAAAAAAAAAAAAAAAAAAAUAGCUAGCCAAAAAGGCGAAGAUUAUUCCUCUUUUACGUUAACUCAUUUGAGCAACGAGCAGUGGAAGUACUUAAAUGAAGACAUAAAAGAAUUUGCGGCAAAUGAAACUAAUAGCAUACUGCAUUAUUUUGAAAAUGUUAAAGACCAGAUAAGGAGUAAGGAAGACAUUUCCAAAACGUUGAAAAACGAGUGUAACGGUUUAAAGGAACGAGUGCACGAGCUGCAGCUGGAUUUGCGCAAAAUAGAGUUGAAGUGGAAGUUCCGCAGUAAGCUCUUAAGUUCAUCAAAGGUCUACCUAGACAAAAUAAAUAACCAAAUAAGUAUGAGCGAAGAAAUGAUUGUGGAGGAUAAGAACAGGAUGUCUUCACUCAAGCAGUACGCGCAGCAGAUGAAGUUGGACCAAUAG